CUGCGCAUCAUAAUAAAAACUAAUUUACGCGAAUAUUGCAUUUAAAGCAGAUUUUACUGCAGUAAAUUACAAUUAAAUCAUGGAGGACGUUAAGAAGAAAAAGUACGCAAUUGUAUUUCGUUGCACCGUGCCGAAGUGCUCGUAUUCCAGCAAACGACUGUACAACCUGCAGCGCCACGAGAAGACGCACGGCAAGGAGCACUGGCGCUCGAAGAGAUUUCCAUGUCCCUGUUGCGCCUAUGCGGCCGCCACGCGGGCUCAUCUGAAGCGGCACAUGGGCAACAAGCAUCCGACGGAGGAUAUUUCCAACCAUGAUCUAACUGUACUUGCCUACGAGGACUUUGAAACGCCGGCGGAAAAGCAAAUGAAGUCGUCACCGACGGAGCAAAUGAAAGAGCCAACGGAAGAGCCAAAGAGCACGCCACAGUCACAACAGAAAGAGGCGCCACUGGUUCUCGAGGGUCCGGUGACCGUGCUGCAAUUGGUGACGCCCCUAAGCCCGCAGUCGAGGCCCCAGCCGGGUGAGGUUUACUGCAAUGUAACACUCGAGGGCGAAGCCUUUCGCCUGAUCCCAGUCGAAUUUUUGCCGGUGGAAGCGGCGACGCAGGAGCUCUAACACACCCGCACGCACUCAGAAACAGCGAAAGCCACACGAUGACCCACCCACCCAGCGGGUGUUGCAAAAGAUCCUCUCAUUUCUCCGUAAUCAGCGGCUUCCGGCAUUUGCGUAGAUGCAUUUAGAAGAAUCCCGGAAGUAUCACAGUGCAGGGCAAUGAAAUAUAUUCAGUCUAUGGGUGAGAAAAGGUUUUGUAAUGCCGACAAGUACAGUGAAAGCUGCCUAGUAUGGACGCCUAGGGCAAAGUCUUGUUGAAAAUCUUCAACAACAUUUUAAUAUGUGUGCUAAGGAUAAGUCUACUCACGCUGAUAAAAGUUGCUAAGCAAAGUACUAGAAAAUUAGCUGCAAUUAAAAGAAUUUUAACCCAAAAAAAUAAUUUAAUGAUAAUGGAUGAGUCUAAACUUGUUUUUAAAAAUCUUUUCUAUAAAAAUCAUUAGCGAGUUUUGCUUCAAGAUGUUCAGGUUUUUUUUUAUUUUUCAUUUACAAACCUAGAAGAUAAGAUAAAAGAUUCGAAGUGUAAAAAUUGGCCAAAUGUAGUACAGGUGCGCACAAGGGAGUUUUCACUGUACUUGGUGUUGCUUCAAUCCAGGCGGAUAUCAUCUUGACACAAAUGCUGGGUUCGGGCGAAGCCUUCAAUUGUGGUAGAGUAUGGGUAAAGCAAUACUAAAGAGAAUAUAUUUUUUGAAGCGAAAGUGGCAUAGAAUAUAUUUCAAUAAUUAGAAUUAAAGCGAAAGAAAAUUAUUUUCCAUUUUCAAAGUGGCAAAUUCAAAGUUUUAUUCGACAAUUUAUUUUACAGACUGUUUGUAAAUAAAUAAUAAGUAAAAUUCAUAAAACUGCUCGACAACAGUAAAUACUGUUUUUUAAAUUAUAAUAUUGUUUAAUUUAUUGUAAGACACAUUUAUAAAAAGAAAAAACAUAUUUUGAUAUCAAUUCAUUGAAAUGUAGUUAUUAAAAUAUAUUUAACGGGCACCUCGUAAAUGUGCCUUUGUAUAUAUAAAAUGC